GCGGGGAUUAGGUUUAGGGAAGUGGGCUGGGUAGGAACAAGUGGAAUAUGGAUUUUUCGCGCAGGUUAUUUACACUUUUGCAACUGUAUCAACUGGCUAUUACUGGGGCCGACUAGAUUUUUUAGUCCUUCGAGAGAAAGAAGAUUUUACGUACGAAUGCAUCGAAAAAAACAAUUCAAAUUCAAACAUCGAAUGGUUGCACACUUAUAAUUUCCUAAAAUGCUAAUAUUGCUCUUGGGAUGAAUAUAUUCCUCGGGGUAGUCUAUAACUUCUUGGAGUUGCACUGUACUAUGAUCCGUUUACCUUCGAAGAAGCUCCUGGUAUUAGUAGUAUUUGCACGAUGCACUUUAUUGCAAACUUGUAGUUACGCUGCAAGAACUGGUGAUGACCACUAACUUAACUACCUCGCUGUGAAGCAGCGCAUCUGAGUGGACAAUACUACAACUUGAUGUGGACAAAAACUUCUCUCCUUGUACCUGCUAGUAUCCAAAACCGAAAAAACCUCCGCAAAAAAACGUCAAAAUCUUGCGAAAACCGACUACAAAAACAUCAGAAAAUCAGCAUAAAAAGCACUUUCAUCUCAAAAAAAAACAAAACUUUCAUAGGCACGUACUGUUGCGCGCUAGUAGUACACACACCAGCAUUAUAUAUUCAUCUCAAAAAAAAACACAAAAACGACAAAGAUUCUUAUCACACACAAAAAACUACGACAAGGUCUCAUUUUCUAUCGCGCGCAGAGGUUCUUUGUAUUUUGUUGCAGCACCUGUUGGAUUUCUAUAUUCUUCCGAACUAUUACUGGGACAACGCGCUAUUCGCAAUUCAAACAGGAAGGAGAGUGGCUGCAACGAAUAGCCCCCCACUGUGUUGCACACCUAAUGACCUAGUUAGCUUCUUCGCAGCCCUUCUCAGUGGCUAAAGACGGAGCUAUCCGGCGCUGCUGCUCCACGGAGUUGCCUCGGAGUGCCCCUGCAGCUUGGAGGUGCUGCAGCAGGUCCUCUUGCAGUCCAGCCGCUAGACAAUGGGCCUCAAUCUGUGCAAGUCGGUCGGAGUCGAGGGCGCAAACGGAACCGGCCGC